AUGGCGGAUAUUUCUCGAGAAAGGCUCCUGUAUGCCAUUUUUCACGGUGCUAAUGAGGUCUUCGGCGACGACAACGACGACUGGAUGCUAAUCCGGGACCUUCUCAUCAUGGGACCGGAAGCGAGCGAAGAGGCCUUUGACACCCUUCUCGAAAUCCACGGCUUGAAGCUUGAUGGACAGAUGUUAGUUUCGACGGAGACCGAACCACGAACCGGCAGCACGGAUGACAGUCCAUCAAGCCAGACUGCGUCAUCAGCAGAUCCGGACGAAGACUCAGCAGGACCAGAGGAAGACUCAGCAGGACCAGAGGAAGACUCAGCAGGACCAGAGGAAGACUCAGCAGGACUAGACGAAGAGUCGCACAUUGGGACACGGCCACCAGGCACUAUGGUUUUUCUGCUCUCAUGGUGUGGUUUAUUGUCCAAUAUCAACCUGGAUUUCAAAAAGUAUGCGGAGAGAAUGGGUGUCUCGGAAAGCGAAGUGUAA